UAAAUACCUGGGCACAGGACUUCAAAGCAAACACAGAUUCCCCCUCCCCCUUAUAUUUAAGAAUUAAAAGAUGAUGAGAAAUAAGGACAAAAGCCAAGAGGAGGACAGUUCGCUACACAGCAAUGCAUCGAGAGUCAUCUGGAAUGCUUUCUCUUCUGAAGCUUUAAUGUACUGUUUGUUCAAAUAAUGAUUUGUUUCACAUUCCUUGAAGUAGUUUAUCAGUGACUGAAGUAAUAAAGCCUAUAAGAUAUUUUGGUUGUAUGACUGUAUCUUUAUCUUUAUUUAAAAAAUGUGCAUGCAUUUCUGAAUCUGUUAAGAAUUGUCAUGUCAUAAUUUUUAAAUCAUGCAGCUAACAAGGAUGUGAUUGGUUAUGUGAUCUUUUCCCAAUUUUGAUUUUAUUUUAUAACUUUGCAUAAAAUUCUUUUUCUAAAUUAAGCUUGUAAAUUUUGAGUAUGCUUUAUUACAAAUGAUGAAUUUUGCUUUUGACUAAAAAUAGUUUUGAAUCUUUUAAAAGCACAUUUUCGAGUUCCUUUGCAAAUUGAGUUGUUACAAUUUUGGAUCUUUUGAGUUGCCUGUGUAAUUAUUGAGUUAUAUGUAGAACAAAAAACACUUGUAAUGCAAAACUAGCUUUCUGGAAAGUAAUAAUUUGAAGGUAUAGGAAGCUCCAGAUAUAUUUGACAAUUAUGAAAGACCCAGUAUUAAAGUUGUUACUCCCUUGAGUAUAUGAUUUGCAUAUUCUCACCAGGGUUUUGGCUUUCUUAAGCAGGUUUCUGGUUUCAUUGAUCAGACGAUGCUCUCUAACUCAUCUCAAAGUGCUGCCUUUGAAUAAACUUUUACUUUUAUCUGGGAUAUGACUGCGGCAUUGUCAUGCAUUUGAUUUCUUUUGUCAAUAAGAAGCAUGUUUUUAAUGCUUUUGCCAAUUAUACUUUAAAAUCAUAUACUUGAUGGAUGUUCAAAUAUUCUAGAAUCCUGAAAGAGGGAGUUACUUUUAAAUUACUGUUACUUUUAAGUUAUAUACAUUAUUAAUGCAUGUACAUAGUUAUGACAUCACUUCCUUUAAAGAUUGUAAAGCUUAAAGAAUGUUUGUGUUGUUUUGGUACAGUAGGCUAUUUCUGGUGAACUGAAAUUGAAUUGCCUCUGUUUACCUGGUUCCUGUGAUAUCAGUAGGUUGCCUAAAGGGAGGCUAAAGUUUUGAAGUACAGUGUUCAGGGAACAUCACUGAAAUCACCUUUUGCACCCUGAUUCUGCAGGGGAGGAAAGGAAUUGCCUUCAGGUUAAGUAAACUUCAGAAUGAGAAUCACUUGAGAACAAGUUUUAAGUAAAGUUUUUCCCCCUGUUUUGAAAACAAGUGCUAUAACUUACUACUGAUUAAGUGUAUUCUUGUAUUCUUUUGUAGUUAAUGCUGAAUUCUAAUUUGCUUUGUAUAUCAUGAUUUUUGGAGAUUAAAAAUUACUUUUUCGAAUGUAAUUUUAAACAAUUUACAUUUCUAAUUUCUAAACACAACGGUUUUAGUGAUGGACACAAAGUAUGCCACAUACUUACCUAAGUUAUAUCCACGAGUGUUAACUAGGGGGGAAGAAAAUGCACAUGGAACCGUGUGAACACACUUCUGUGUUCUAAGACACGGCAUUUAUAAACUCAAAAUUAAAUCUAUAUCCAAAGUCGUUUGCCUUUGAGCCAUAUUUUGAUAUCCGGAGGUGUGAGUACAAUUUUCACGUUUUCAGGAGCCCUUAGCCUUGUAAGGCUGGGGAUGAUUAGAAACGGCAUUUGCAGUGCUUGUGGACUGGAAUAAGCAGUUUUAAGUGGCAGCCAUUUUAUGACGCUGAUAAUACUUUUAAAAAUCGGAUUUUUAAGAAGGCUGAAAAAUGAAUCGAAGUCCUGAAUAUCAGAAUAUCCCUUUCCCCACGUUCCCAUUGGUACUCUGGUGAUGAAUUAAGGGGCAGCUCGGUAGCUGGCGCAGGGAGCAGCUCUCGGAGGCUCUGGCAUCUUGGUGCACGGCCAGCUCAGUCACAAAAUGGCUGUUCCUUUGUGCCGCAGCGCUGACAGACAUACUGCAUUGCACUGUGUACUCGCCAAACAGCAGGAAGUUGCCGUGCCGAGUUCAAAGGCCGGCCGGCGCUGGCGGCGGGUGCUGAUUGGCUGUGUUCACGCCUGGUAACAGCAGGGUCAACGGCGGCGCCGCUGGUCUGUUCCCGCCCCCUGACGUCAGUCGCGGUGGGCGGGAGAACGCGGUGACGCGUGGCCUCGUGCGCCGGUCGGCUGCUUCCUCUGGGCUCGCAUAGUGCCGGGGGCGGGACAGAGGAAGGGAAUUUUGGCCGGGACUUUCCGGUGGGCGGCUUCUUUCCGGACCGAUUUUGAUCCUUGCAGUCCUCAGGCCUCGCCUGUAGUGGUCCACACCACACCCUACAGAGUGUUUUCUAGAGCCCAUUCCUGGAAUAGUUGUCCUCUUUUGGAGAAAAGACAGUGUAAUCGUAAAUCUCCUAAUAGUAGUCUGCUAGGUUUUUAUUUAUAAUUUUCGGGUUUUUUUUUAAUAUUCCGCUGCGGUUUUUUUUCCGUUUAUUUCCUUGUUCUUUGUAAAGAGAUUAGUGAGUUUCGUUUUCCCAUUGGUUGAAAGCAGUUUAGUGUGAGUGGAAUGUUUUUAAUUCAAAGGCCUUAACGGGUGUUUAAGCACUGUGUCAUUCAUGGCUCAUAAACCUGGUGAAGAGCAUUUGAGCUUGUCCCCGUGCAUUUUUACUUGGUAUCAAACAUUUUCUCAAUUGCCAUUUGAGGAAGAAAAACUCAGUCAUUCAGCCUCUGAAGAAGCUUCGGGUUCAGACUCUGGCAGUCAGUCGGAAAGUGAGCAGGGCAGCGAUCCCGGCAGCGGACAUGGCAGCGAGUCCAAUAGCAGUUCUGAAUCUUCCGAGAGUCAAUCAGAAUCUGAGAGUGAAUCAGCAGGUUCCAAAUCCCAGCCAGUCCUUCCAGAAGCCAAAGAGAAGCCUGCCUCUAAGAAGGAACGGAUAGCUGAUGUGAAGAAGAUGUGGGAAGAAUAUCCUGAUGUUUAUGGGGUUAGGCGGUCAAACCGAAGCAGACAAGAACCAUCACGAUUCAAUAUUAAGGAAGAGGCAAGUAGCGGGUCUGAGAGCGGGAGUCCAAAAAGAAGAGGCCAGAGGCAGCUGAAAAAACAAGAAAAAUGGAAACAGGACCCCUCAGAAGAUGAACAUGAACAAGGCACCAGUGCAGAGAGUGAACCAGAGCAAAAGAAAGUAAAAGCUAGGAGACCUGUUCCCAGAAGAACAGUGCCCAAACCUCAAGUUAAAAAGCAACCUAAGACUCAGCGGGGAAAGCGGAAAAAGCAGGAGUCUUCUGAUGACGAUGACGACGAUGAUGAAGCUCCCAAAAGGCAGACUCGACGAAGAGCUGCUAAAAAUGUGAGUUAUAAAGAAGAUGAAGACUUUGAGACUGAUUCAGAUGAUCUCAUUGAAAUGACUGGAGAAGGAAUUGAUGAACAGCAAGAUAAUAGUGAAACAAUUGAAAAGGUCUUAGAUUCAAGACUGGGAAAGAAAGGAGCCACUGGAGCAUCCACCACUGUAUAUGCUGUUGAAGCUAAUGGAGAUCCUAGUGGCGACUUUGACACUGAGAGGGAGGAAGGUGAAACCCAGUACCUCAUCAAGUGGAAGAGCUGGUCUUACAUCCAUAGUACAUGGGAGAGUGAAGAAUCCUUACAGCAACAGAAAGUGAAGGGCCUAAAAAAGCUGGAGAACUUCAAGAAGAAAGAGGAUGAAAUCAAACAAUGGUUAGGAAAAGUUUCUCCAGAAGAUGUUGAAUAUUUCAAUUGCCAACAGGAACUGGCAUCAGAGUUGAAUAAACAGUAUCAGAUAGUAGAAAGAGUAAUAGCUGUGAAGACAAGUAAAUCUACAUUGGGCCAAACAGAUUUUCCAGCUCACAGUCGGAAGCCGGCACCUUCAAAUGAGCCUGAGUAUCUAUGCAAAUGGAUGGGAUUGCCUUAUUCAGAGUGUAGCUGGGAAGAUGAAGCCUUGAUUGGAAAGAAAUUCCAGAACUGUAUCGACAGCUUCCACAGUCGGAACAACUCCAAAACCAUUCCAACAAGAGAAUGCAAGGCACUAAAGCAAAGACCACGAUUUGUAGCUUUAAAGAAGCAGCCAGCAUACUUAGGAGGGGAGAAUCUGGAGCUCCGGGAUUAUCAGCUAGAGGGUCUCAACUGGCUUGCUCACUCCUGGUGCAAAAGUAACAGUGUAAUCCUUGCUGAUGAAAUGGGCCUAGGAAAGACCAUCCAGACCAUAUCAUUUCUCUCCUACCUGUUCCACCAGCACCAACUCUAUGGACCCUUUCUUAUAGUUGUCCCAUUAUCCACCCUCACUUCAUGGCAGAGGGAGUUUGAAAUCUGGGCACCAGAGAUUAACGUAGUGGUUUACAUAGGUGACCUGAUGAGCAGAAAUACGAUAAGGGAAUAUGAGUGGAUUCAUUCUCAAACCAAAAGGUUGAAGUUCAAUGCACUUAUAACAACAUAUGAGAUCCUCUUAAAAGAUAAGACCGUGCUGGGCAGUAUUAACUGGGCCUUCCUGGGAGUAGAUGAAGCCCAUCGGUUGAAGAAUGAUGACUCUUUAUUGUAUAAAACUCUGAUUGAUUUCAAGUCCAGCCAUAGGCUACUGAUCACGGGCACCCCUCUUCAGAAUUCCCUCAAGGAACUUUGGUCCUUGCUGCACUUUAUUAUGCCGGAGAAGUUUGAGUUCUGGGAAGAUUUUGAAGAAGACCAUGGAAAGGGGAGAGAGAAUGGCUAUCAGAGUCUUCAUAAGGUACUAGAGCCUUUCCUUCUUCGGAGAGUCAAAAAAGAUGUGGAGAAAUCCCUUCCUGCCAAAGUGGAGCAGAUCCUCAGGGUGGAGAUGUCAGCCCUUCAGAAACAGUAUUAUAAAUGGAUCCUAACCAGGAAUUACAAGGCUCUUGCCAAAGGAACAAGGGGCAGCACAUCUGGCUUUCUUAAUAUUGUGAUGGAACUGAAAAAAUGCUGCAACCACUGCUACCUGAUCAAAGCUCCAGAGGAAAAUGAGAGGGAGAACGGCCAGGAGGUCCUGCAGUCCCUAAUCAGGAGCAGUGGAAAGCUGAUUCUGCUAGAUAAACUGUUGACAAGACUCCGUGAAAGGGGGAACAGAGUCCUUAUAUUCUCUCAGAUGGUGAGGAUGUUGGAUAUUCUGGCUGAGUACCUGACUAUCAAACACUAUCCUUUCCAGCGCCUGGAUGGUUCUAUCAAGGGAGAAAUCCGAAAGCAGGCAUUGGAUCACUUCAAUGCAGAUGGUUCUGAGGACUUCUGCUUCCUGCUCUCCACGAGGGCUGGUGGCCUGGGAAUCAAUCUGGCUUCAGCGGACACAGUUGUCAUCUUCGACUCUGACUGGAACCCCCAGAACGACUUGCAGGCACAGGCCCGGGCACAUAGAAUCGGUCAGAAGAAGCAGGUGAAUAUUUACCGUUUGGUUACAAAGGGAACUGUGGAAGAGGAGAUCAUAGAACGGGCCAAAAAGAAGAUGGUGUUGGACCAUCUGGUGAUUCAGCGCAUGGACACUACUGGCAGGACAGUCCUUGAAAACAACUCAGGGAGAUCCAACUCUAAUCCUUUUAAUAAAGAAGAGCUGACUGCUAUCUUGAAAUUUGGAGCAGAGGAUCUCUUCAAGGAAAUUGAAGGAGAAGAGUCAGAGCCUCAGGAAAUGGAUAUAGAUGAAAUUUUGCGCUUAGCUGAAACCAGAGAGAAUGAAGUAUCAACUAGUGCCACAGAUGAGCUUCUGUCACAGUUUAAGGUUGCCAACUUUGCAACGAUGGAAGAUGAAGAGGAGCUAGAAGAGCGUCCUCACAAGGACUGGGAUGAAAUCAUUCCAGAAGAGCAAAGGAAAAAAGUAGAGGAGGAAGAACGACAGAAAGAGCUAGAAGAAAUUUAUAUGCUGCCUCGAAUCCGUAGUUCCACUAAAAAGGCUCAGACAAAUGACAGCGAUUCUGACACAGAGUCUAAGAGGCAGGCCCAGAGAUCUUCUGCUUCCGAGAGUGAGACGGACGAUUCUGAUGAUGAUAAGAAGCCAAAGCGCAGAGGGCGCCCCCGAAGUGUGCGCAAAGACCUGGUGGAGGGUUUUACAGAUGCAGAGAUCCGAAGGUUCAUCAAGGCUUAUAAGAAGUUUGGUCUCCCUCUUGAAAGGCUGGAGUGCAUAGCACGUGAUGCUGAGCUAGUGGAUAAGUCUGUGGCAGACCUGAAACGCCUAGGGGAACUGAUUCAUAACAGCUGUGCGUCAGCAAUGCAGGAAUAUGAAGAACAGCUGAAAGAAAAUGCCAGCGAAGGGAAAGGACCAGGCAAGAGAAGAGGCCCUACAAUCAAAAUCUCUGGGGUUCAGGUUAAUGUGAAGUCCAUUAUCCAACACGAAGAAGAGUUUGAGAUGCUGCAUAAAUCUAUCCCUGUGGACCCUGAGGAAAAAAAAAAAUACUGCUUAACCUGCCGGGUCAAAGCGGCACAUUUUGAUGUCGAGUGGGGCGUGGAGGAUGAUUCUCGUCUGUUGCUUGGGAUCUAUGAACAUGGUUAUGGAAAUUGGGAGCUAAUUAAGACAGACCCAGAGCUAAAGCUCACUGAUAAAAUUCUACCAGUGGAGACUGAUAAAAAGCCUCAGGGGAAACAGCUGCAGACCCGAGUGGACUACUUGCUGAAGCUGCUCAGGAAGGGUCUGGAGAAGAAGGGCACUGUGACCAGUGGGGAUGAGACUAAACUAAAGAAGCGGAAGCCUCGAGUAAAGAAGGAAAACAAAGUUCCCAGGCCGAAGGAUGAGCACGGGCUUGAGCUUUCGUCUCCUAGACACUCAGACAACCCGUCUGAAGAGGGAGAAGUGAAGGAUGAUGGCUUAGAAAAAAGUCCAACGAAAAAAAAGCAGAAGAAGAAAGAAAACAAAGAGAACAAAGAGAAACCAGUGAGUUCUCGAAAGGACAGGGAAGGAGACAAAGAAAGGAAGAAGUCCAAGGACAAAAAAGAGAAGGUUAAAGGUGGUGAUGCGAAGUCUUCAAGUAAAUCAAAGCGAUCUCAGGGUCCCGUCCACAUUACAGCAGGAAGUGAACCUAUUCCCAUUGGGGAGGAUGAAGAUGAUGAUCUGGACCAGGAAACCUUCAGCAUUUGCAAAGAGAGGAUGAGGCCAGUGAAAAAGGCACUGAAACAAUUGGACAAACCUGACAAAGGACUCAAUGUGCAAGAACAACUGGAACACACCAGGAACUGCCUGCUUAAAAUUGGAGACCGUAUAGCCGAGUGCCUUAAAGCAUAUUCAGACCAGGAGCACAUCAAAUUGUGGAGGAGGAACCUAUGGAUUUUUGUUUCCAAGUUUACAGAAUUUGAUGCACGAAAACUACAUAAGUUAUAUAAGAUGGCUCAUAAGAAAAGAUCUCAAGAGGAGGAGGAACAAAAGAAGAAAGAUGAUACGCUUGGUGGUAAGAAACCAUUUCGACCAGAGGCCUCGGGCUCAAGCCGGGAUUCUCUGAUAUCUCAGUCCCAUACCUCACACAACCUUCAUCCUCAGAAGCCUCAUUUGCCUGCCUCCCAUGGUCCACAGAUGCAUGGACAUCCAAGAGAUAACUACAGUCACCCCAACAAGAGACACUUUAGUAAUGCAGAUCGAGGAGACUGGCAGAGGGAAAGAAAGUUCAACUAUGGCGGUGGUAACAAUGCCCCCUGGGGCAGUGACCGACACCAUCAGUAUGAGCAGCACUGGUACAAGGAUCACCAUUAUGGUGACCGGAGACAUAUGGACGCCCACCGUUCUGGAAGCUACCGACCUAAUAACAUGUCCAGAAAGAGACAGUAUGAGCAGUACAGCAGCGACCGAGACCACCGGGGACACAGAGACUAUUAUGACAGGCACCAUCAUGACUCUAAGCGAAGGAGAUCAGAUGAUUUUAGGCCCCAGAAUUACCACCAGCAGGAUUUCCGACGAAUGUCUGACCACCGACCCACGAUGGGUUAUCACGGCCAGGGACCCUCAGACCAUUACCGCUCUUUCCACACAGACAAGUUGGGGGAAUAUAAACAGCCCCUGCCCUCAUUGCACACUGCAGUCUCAGACCCUCGCUCACCCCCUUCCCAGAAAUCUCCCCAUGAUUCCAAGUCACCCUUAGAUCACAGAUCUCCUUUGGAGAGAUCACUAGAACAGAAAAACAACCCAGAUUAUAACUGGAAUGUUCGGAAAACAUAAAGGACAACUCCGAAACGGGAGAGAUCACAUGAGUCAUCAAGCACUUGGACGUUUUGGUCUGGUCCAGCAGUGGCCAGUGGUCAGGCUGGUGAGCAGAGGUUUUAGAUACGCGGCUGCUGAAUCUACUAACUGGCAGCUGAAGGAGCACUUCAAGGAGUUGGAAGCCUUCGUCUGCUGCUUUGGUUUGGUCUCCACUCCUGCACUUUGGCACCCCAUCCCAUCCUAGCCCAUUGUGGCUUCCCACCUCCGUGGGUGCUAGGAGGAAGAGGUGACUUUAUGUACCAGCUUCAUUGGGCUGCUUCCCCUGUGAAGGAAUCGGGGAUGUUGAGAGGCAAUGAAUGUUGAAUUCAGCAUGAGUGACCAGGGCAAGGACCUGCUGGACAGUGUGUGAUUGGUUCACUAUGAUAUGAGGGAUGCUGCUGAUGGGAUGUGGGAGGUCACAGGGUGGGUUUCACACUGCUAGACUUGAAAGGGGAACGGGUAAACCCCUCAGAUGUGUUCUUGGGAGAAUUGAUACACUUGGUCUCAUUAUGUGACAUGGGGUGGGGAUGAAGACACAGGAAAUAACUUCUACCAUGGCCUCCUCCCUGCCAACACUAAUUUUUCCCAUACUAUCUUUGUACAUUUCAAAGGUUUGAUCUUCUGGUGGAGUCCGUUUUCCCUCUUUGUCAGGGGAAGUUGGAUCCCUCUGGCUGAUUUUAGAAUACUGUGACUUUGGCGUCAUCGAUGCCAGCAUGGGAGUUUGGUGUCAUUGAUGCCAGCGUGGGUCUUACUUGUUUGGGGAAUGGGUUGUGUUGGUGUAGGGGUAGAGAUGGGGGGGUUGGGGUGGUGUAAGCAGGAAAUAGGAAUCCCUGGUGGGUUUCUGAUUCCUGUGUUGAGAAGGGAAGUCACAGGUCCUGGAGAUGGAAAUGGAGGUGGCCUGCUAAUGAGAUGCCUGCUGGUGAGCCCAGUUGCAGAUUGGGGUGGGAGGUGGAUUCCUAAUGUGGGCAUUGGUAGUGCCAGCCAGCAGGGAGCUUUCAGUAUUGCAAUGCGUCAGUGAAUGUAGUUGCAUCUUAGUUCCUUUACACAGCGGGAAGAGGCAGGCUAUACAGACCCAAACAUCUGGACAGUUGAGGUGUAGUCAGGUGACAAUAGCUACCUGAGGUGGUUACGUUUCCAUUGCCAGUUGGGGUUCAGUAGAAUCUGACCUUGUUUCUUUAAGAUCUAUAGAGUAUAAAACUAAGUUAAUUUUUCCCCAAAUCCCAAGCAUCCAUGACUGGGGUAGCUGAACUGUAAGAUGGCAGGAGGCCUGAUAGAGUCAGAUUAGAUCGGGUUGUGGGGGUUGAUGGGUUUGCAUCAUUGAAUGGCUUUUCUCAGUAUAUGGAUAACUGGGUCAGGCCUUUGGUUUUACUCACUUUCAGUAUAGCUUGCCAGUAUUGUUAGGCUAUCCAAAGCCUUUCUAGAUGGAGACAGGAAAACUGACUUGAACAUAUGGUAUGGUGUGCCUCUAUAAGAGUUCAGACUCGUUCUGAGUUGAUGAAAAGUCUUGUUUUGGAUAUACACAGAAUUUGGCUCUCUGAAUCUCCCUUGGGGAUGGUGUGGGCAGUACCAAUAAUGACUUUCCCAUGACAAGUUUGAGUUGUGUCCUUGAGUGCAUCAUUGGGUCAUGGCAUGGCUGUGAUGGGCCAUUGCUUCUGCUACUUAGAGCCAUGGACCUGGCUGUGCUGAGUCAGCCCAUGUGGUUAGUACUCAGUAGACCACCACCUUCUUGACUUCUCACGGCACUUGAGUCCUUCACCCUGACCAUGUGCAUGCAUGACUUGCAGUAGAGCCCACUGACUACACUCGAGUCCCCUGACUGUAGUCUCCUGCCUGGUGGCCUGCCAUGACUCCUCAGUUGAAGGCUGAAAGUCAGGUCUACUUUGGCCAUACAGUGAAAAGUAAACUAUAUAGACGGAGCUUCUUGCUGAUAACAUGGACACUAAUCUGUUUGGCCUGCUGAGCAAUUUUGGUGCUGGGGGUGCAACAAGAACAGGAGGUGCCCCUGUGGAAGGUGGAGGCCUUGCCUUUCCAUACUUACCUAGGUCUGUCUUUCUUUCAACUGGUUAAUAGAAGUUACAAGUUAUUCUCAAAGACAUCUCAUCAUGAGGAAAAAGGAACUUCCUUUUGUUCACAUUCAGGAUUAAAGUGCCAUAAAAUGUAGCAAAAGGCAAUAUUGGCCAGAUCAGUGUUACAUUGAUUCUAAGAGUACAGUGUCUCCCAUCAAACAUGUGAUUUAGGUGUUGAAGUGUAUUUGAAGAGAGGGUUGGGAGAAAGGAGGCAUUCCUCUUGCUUUAAACCAGUAUGUGCAUCAUACGCUUACAACAGGAAUUUGCACAGGAAUUUGGGAGAAGCUGCCAGUGGAGUUUGGAGUUGUGUUUGAACCUAGCUUUGGGCAGCUCAUUGUUGAAGAAAUGGCAGGGCUUGAGGAAAGAGUGAGUGUUGCCAAGGCCUGAAGUACUGUGAUGCACUGUGACCCUAGAAAAGGAAGGUGAACUCUCUGCUGAUCACUGUGUCCUCAUUGGCCAGCCUGCAGGAGCCCAAUCUCAUGGUCUUUCCUUGGACUCUGUGUAGUCAUUCCUUAAGCCCCGCAAAGGGAACACAAACAUUUCUCACUGUGCUGCUGGUGUUCUGACCUGGUGUGGCUGCAGCUGCAUCAGGCUUUGCAGAGUCAAGUGUUCACACACAGCAACACUGAAAUCCUAUAGACCAAAACCCACUUGUCAGCAGGAACCGUGUCUGGGCCCAGCACCUGUGGUCUUCUAGCUCACCUUUGACCAGCUGUGUUGGGUGAAGAGAGCCAUGCCAAGGGUCCAGGCUGCUUUAGUCCAUCUGUGCCCUACCCAUUUGGGGACAGGUGGUUUUUCUUGUAAACUUGUGGACUUUUGAAACCUGUUGACUAAACAGUAAUUAAUUUAUAUUUGUGAAAAAUGCCACUGUCCUAGUGAUUUCUGAUGUAAAUAAUGUUGUUUAUAUAGUAUGUAUUAAAUUUUCCUACAUUGUAAAA